AUGUUUCACCGUCGUCGCCCCGCUACCAUAACCACUCGCACCACUAAGCCUACCCUGAUGACCAAACUCAAGGGCCGAAACGCGAAGUCGCGAACCGUGAAAACCACAACGACAACACACAAGAAUCCAGUCCACGGUCAUACUGCUGGUCAUACUAGCCACAGUGCUCGUACUGGUCCUACCGGAGGUCGCUUUGGUCGUAAGAAUGCCUAUGGAACACCUGCUCAUACUCGCCAUCGGCGCAAGCCCUCCAUUGGUGACAAAGUCUCUGGCGCUAUGUUGAAGCUGAAAGGAAGCUUGACGCAUCGCCCUGCAGUCAAGGCUGCUGGAACCCGCCGCAUGCAUGGCACGGAUGGACGUGGCUCACGCCGUGUCUACUGA